AUGAACAGCUCGAAUGAGAUCUAUGCCAUCAAACGCGUUUCUCUGGACAAGACGGACGCGGAGACGAUGAGUGGAUACAUGAAUGAGAUCGGGCUUUUGAAGCGUUUGGAUGGCAAUAAUCGUAUCAUUCAGUUGUUUGAUAGUGAGGUGAAAGCGGGCCCUGGAGGCACGAAGGGACACCUAAUGCUCGUUAUGGAGUGUGGAGAGAUUGAUCUCGCCAAGUUGCUGCAGGAGCAGCAGAAGGAACCAAUGAAUAUGGUGUGGAUUUCAUAUUAUUGGCAACAGAUGCUGCAAGCUGUGCACGUUAUACACGAGGAGAAGAUUGUUCAUUCCGAUCUUAAACCAGCCAAUUUUGUUCUUGUUCGAGGGCAACUCAAAUUGAUCGACUUCGGGAUCGCCAAUGCCAUAGCGAAUGAUACGACAAAUAUCCAACGAGAUCAUCAGAUUGGUACCGUGAACUAUAUGAGCCCAGAAGCCAUUGAACUACCAGACGGUAUGCGUCGGCUCAAGGUUGGCCGUCCAAGUGACGUGUGGUCAUUAGGAUGCAUACUUUACCAAAUGGUUUAUGGACAGCCACCUUUCCAGCAUCUAUCUGUAUACCAAAAAAUGAAGGCCAUUCCGGAUCUUGCAUACACGAUCGAGUUCCCGGAGUACGCUAUUCCCACCGUGGUGACCAAGACGGGGGAAAAGAAGAAAUUGGAGGGGUUGAAGAGAAGGGUGAGAGAAGAUAUCAUUGAAGGGAUGAAAAGUUGCUUGGUGCGAAAUCCAAAGGAGAGGGCGACUAUUCCAGAAUUGAUGGAACAAGACUGGUUGGCUUUGAAAGAGCCGGAACCAAAGCCUAUCAAAGAGCGCCUUGCACAUGAUGAAACUAUCAUCAACCCAUAUUAUAUGCGUCAACUGCUGCAAUAUGGCAUCAAGCUCGGUCAGCAAGGGACGGCUAUGGAUCCUGAGGAGCUACUUCGUGAAGCCGAGCGUUUAGUCGCAGAGCUCAAAGCAAUUGAGUCAUGAUGCAUCCUUUCUCUGGUCUGAUCGCCUUCCACGCCGACUAUUGUACUAUUCCAAUCCACACGAUAAUUUACGCACCAACUAUGACACUAUGCCCUCGCUUGGGAUUAUGAACGUGCACUCCAUGAGUGUAACGUUGUAUGCGAAGUGUAUGUAAGCUUGUCUGUCUAUGCAUGUAAUUUUCAUUUAUUAGAAUUCGUUUGAAUUUCUUAUGGAUUCAAUCCUCAUUCUCCUGCUUCACGCUUUUAGUGCCAACGCACAUCAUUCUCUCUCUACUUUCAGUCGUCCUAGUCGCUUUCGUCAAUCGCAGCUUUUUUUCUUCUGUCAAUCCCUCACUUUUUUAUUAUUUUAUCUCACAUCUUCUCUUUUCACUCAUUCUUCAACCUGCUAUUUGAUGUCCUAGCUAGUUACACUGGACCCUGCAUCUCUCUCCUUUCAAAAAGCCUUUCUAUACUCUUUUUAUCUAUUGUUGGUUUUGACCUACAGUAUAUGGUAUCGCUGGCAUCACUAUCCUGCAUGAAUUCAAACCGCAUUAUCAAAUC